GCGCCAGCAUCAUCCCGGAUGGCCUGUCGAAUGGCACUGAUCCCAUUUAUGUCUAUACCACGCCACGAUUCAUCGUGACUGCCAAUGUGCCAGAGGAUGUUGUGGCAGCAGUGCAAUUUUCAGCAGACUAUGGCCUCAAAGUGUCUGCCCUGGGCACCGGGCACCAGAUUUCCGGAGUUGCCUUACCCCAGUGCGGAGUCACCAUCAUCAUGGAGAAGCUGAAAGCUAUCGACUUUGACGCGGCCACUAACCUGGCCACCGUGCAGAUGGGAGUGAAGAGCGGUGAGGUGGCAGCAGCGCUGGUCCCAAAAAAGCGCUUGCCCAGCAUCGGUACUUGUUUCAAUGUCGGCGUUGCCGGCUUUGCGCUGCAAGGCGGCCUCGGCUUUGUGUUGCGCUACCAUGGCGUCGCUGCAGACUUUAUUCAAAGCAUAGAUGUUGUUACUGUCGGGGCGGACAAGAAGGCCGUUCGUAAGACAAUCAGUCCGGAAGUCGACCCCGAACUGUUCUGGGGCUUCAGAGGCGCUGGUGGGGCACUGGGAGUAGCCAUCAGUUACACCACUCACGCCUUUGCCAUCCCCGACAAUGUGCAGUUGGCUGCUUACACCUUCUCCAUUGACAUCGCUGCAGAGGUCAUGGCAUGGUCUGCCGGGAUCACUGCAACAUCUCCUCGUCAAAUCUAUCCUUUCAUCGUGCUUUCCCCUGCCGGGAAUGGCAAGCCUGCAACUGUGUACUUCAACGCUUUCAAUCUCGGCCCGCCAACAGCAGCAACCGAGGCGUUCUUUCAGCAGGUGGCGACCUACGCUGUGCCCAGGGCAUCCAGCAAUUCCCAGCCGGGCCAAUUGUACACGGAAACGGAUUACUUGAGCUUCUCAAAGGAAGAGAGUGUUGUUGAAUGCGGCAAUCUGAAGGCUGCUACCUAUUGGAACACAUAUUUCACUGCCAAUGACACUUUGACAAGCGGGAACCUACCAACCGGGCUCAUCGAUGCAGUGAUAUCUCAGAUCAAGGCAGCCCCUUUCGAUACACUCUCUAUCAGCAUCUUGCCAGGCCCGAGCUUGCCCGAGGGCGAGGACGCUGCCUAUUUCACACCAGAUGCUUGGAGCUUCCGUGGUUCUUUCUACAUCUUUGUGGGAGACACUUGGAAUGUCCCAGCAAACGAUGCAGAGCACAUUGCUUAUGUCAAAGCAUCAAGCGCAGCCGUCAAGCCCUAUGUGGCGGGCAAUUAUAUCAACCAACUUAUGUUUGCGGAAGCCGACGACGCCAGAAAAUCAUAUGAGGCGGGCAUUUUCACCAGGCUGGAAGGAGUGAAGGCGGCGUUCGACCCUCUCAAUCUGUUCCGGGACCUGAAUUAUGUGCACCCUGACGUAAAGCCGCCGACAGACUUGUUCCAUGGAGAGAUCUACGACUCAUUGCCUUUUGCAGCUGCGGACGCAGUGGCCCCAGCACCGGACACGGCAAUGGGCGGUGCUGAAGCGCCAAAACCCAUGUAGAGCGGGAGGCGUGAGACUUAUGUGUUCGUAUGUCUUAGCAUGUGCCCAGCCGUAAGGGAGGCGCAAUUUGGUGCCCUGCAAGAAAACUGAAUGCACCUUAUCACUAAAAUGGUCAAGGGCUGUGGCAAACCCGCUCUGCUUUGACAUUGACAUUACACUGAACAUGGCCAUGAUAUGUAAGCAUGUGUUCCUUGCAUGAGCAACUACAAAGCUGGCCAGACAACUUUCGGGGGAAUAUGAAUUGAUGCCAUGGGGCAUGCCGCCAAAAUAGUCAGCAGGCCUCUGUAUGGCGUGAUUGAUCUUGAGCCCGCUGAAGGCUGGGUUUGGCUUUCGUGUGUUAACGAUCGCGGAUGCAACCUUAGGUGAGCUCAAACUACCGCUGUUUUGGAGAACAAAGUACCGCCUAAACUGCCAUGUGGCCUGAUCCGCAAGUAUAGACGGCGGUAUUUACAGAUGCGGCUACAAUAUGAUAGGCCGGAGUGAUUUUAAGGUCUAGCAUGGUGGAGGAAGGUUGUUGAGUUUCUCCUCUGCUCAAAAGGACUUUUAGUCAAUAGGGGCGAUAGAGUAGCCCAGGGGUACCCGACUCCAAUUGAACAAUAUGAAACUUCACCCUGCCGUGUCCUCAUUGCAAUUAUAAGGAGUUCUGUGGGCUCUGAUGAAAGACGAUUUAUACAAGAUUGUGAACUUGGUCAUUGAUGACCUGGCCGUGGCGUUAUUGUGGGUCAAAGGGAGCAUGAAGCCAGUUCUGCACAUGGCCAAUGUGCGCAUGCAUCUUUCAGUUCUGUUUUGAGCGCCAGCCUUUGGAUAGUAUGGACUCCUCCUGAGAAAGUUUGUUGGCUGACAAUCUUUCUAAUUACUUGAUGUUAUUACAAUAUAAUAAUUAUGUCUUACAACUUACAUGACCUGGAUGAAAAGUAGGGAAGGCGGUGCAUACUUUCUUUUUGUGUUUAGUCUUUUUAAGAGAACGUGAAGACUAUAGUCUAGCUAGCAUAUAGCAUAGGAUAGCACUAUAGACUAGCUAGCAUCACUGGAAGUGUCCCAUUGUGUCACCCCGUUACAACACUAUCUGUACCAUGAUAGUAAUCCAUGCUGUCAACUUCGAUCGAAUCAUGCCCUUCUCAGGCAAGGCCCUAGGGGCCCUCAGCUAGCAUUGUAAUCUGAUGGCCAAUUGCACAUAUCGGGCUUGGUCCUAAGAUCC